AUGCUCUCUACCGGCUCCGGCUCCCCUUCCGGGCCUCCAGCAGAUCCAGAUCAGUUUGAUCUUUUGCCGGGCACCGAGAUUCUGCGAGACCUUUCUAGCCAAUCCUCCGAGUCAAGGCCAAUACUUGUCCCAACUCCAUCCGAUAAUCCCAGUGAUCCCUUGACUUGGUCCAAAACAUGGAAAUGUAAGCUCCUUCAUCCACCCUACUCCUACUCAUGCAUCGCAACCGCGCAGCGGCUUACCGAGAAUCAUCUAGACCUCGUCAUCGGAACCCAAUUCCUAUACCUCUUCGUCUCCGUCGAGUCCGCUCUGUCAAUGGGGCCCAUGUUCCCAUUUUUUGCGGAAGAAUUCGGCCUCGAUGAGACUCAAUUGGGCUUAUUAACCGGCUCCUGUGUCCUAGCCCUCGGAUUCGCAAACUUCCUCAUCGUGCCUUGCUCAAACAUCUUCGGCCGCCGCGUCACAAGCAUUAGCCUCUGUGCACUGGGUGGAGCAACCUGCAUAUGGCAGGCCCUCGCCACGUCAUAUUCGAGUUUGCUGGCUGCCCGUGCCAUCAACGGUAUAGCGACAGCAACGAGCGAGACGAUCCUGGUUCAGGUUGUAUCCGACGUGUUCUUCCUGCAUGACCGUGGCUUGUGGACCGGUGUUUACUUCAUGGGGUAUUUCCUGGGUUUAUUCAUCGGACCCAUUAUUGCAGGAAAUAUCGCACAAACAUUCGGCUGGCGGAGCUUCUUCUGGCUCUCCCUCGCAAUGACUGGCGUCAAUCUUAUUACGCUUUGUGCCUUCUUCCCUGAGACGAAAUAUUCCCGGCCUGCCAGCAAUGAUUCCGUCCCUCCACACGAAGUGUCCUCUACCGAAGCCCACAAAUCCGACUCGAUCCAGCUCGAAAACGUCGACCACUGUGACCCUGCACCAGCGAUCGUAGGCAAGGGCCGCCCAUCAAAACCCCAAUUCACACUCUGGCAGUCCCCAGAUCCAAACUGGAAGCGCUUCCUCAUUCGCGACACCAUCUCCUCCAUCACCGUCUUCUCCUUCCCCAUCAUCCUCUGGGCGGGUCUCAACGUCGCCGGACCCGCCAACGUCCUGCUAUACUGGAACCUCACAGAGUCCGCCAUCCUCGGCUCCCAUCCAUACAACUUCACCCCCUCGGCCGUCGGCUACUCGAACUUUGCCUUCGUCGUCGGCGGCGUCGUGGGUCUCCUCACCGCAGGCCCCUUCUCCGACUGGAUCGCGAUGCGCGCCACACGCGCGAACAACGGCAUCCGUGAAGCCGAGAUGCGUCUUCCCGCUCUAAUCCCUUAUUUCUUCACCUCAGUAGCCGGGAUCAUCAUCGGCGGAGUUGGAUACAGCGAGAAAUGGAGUUGGCUUGUGGUCGUCGUAAUUGGAUACGGCUUCUCGGGCCUGUGCGUGACGGCCGUGCCGACGAUUGCUGUUGCAUACGCGGUGGACUGCUACCGGCCCAUUUCGGGGGAGAUUAUGGUUGUCGCGACGGUGAUUAAGAAUAGUUGUGGGUUUGCAAUGAGUUACUGGGUUUUCCCACUUGCGGGGAGGGAGGGGUGGGUUGUGCCUGCGAUGGUGCAGUUGGCGUUGACGGCGGGGCCGAUGGUGCUGGGGGUGCCGAUGUAUUUUGGUGGGGGGAGGUGGUUGAGGAGGGUUACGAGGAAUUCGGCGGUGCAUUCGUAUGGGGAGUGA